GGUGAAUGUCAAAGAGAGGCAGCCUUUUGCAAGAUCAAAAGCCUUUGCUGUCUAACAAUAAGACAAGAGAUUCUUUGGCAUCUAUGAUCGGUUGGUUUAGUGUUGACAUUGUCCGAAUUCUCACCCGAUCUUUCGGACUUCAGGGGAGCUAGAUCACACAAGAUGUUUGGGGCAAAGUUUGAGACUGGCGCACAAGACAGCAACUUAUGUCGGAACGACAGGGGCUUCAACAAUCUUUGGACUUCAUGUGAUAAUGCUAGUUUUGUGGUCUCGUAUAGUUUCCAAUGUUCUCCUCGAGUCCUAGACGCGCCCUGUCCUUCAAUCUAUAGUUUAGGCGUACCCCUUUGCGUCGGCGAAAUAUCUCAUGCCACGAGCUAUGUCUCUCAGUGUACUAACGAUCUAACAUUAUCGGCGGAUAUUCGGCACGCUCUCGAAACCACCCCGAUAUGUCGUACCUUGCGUAUCGUCUGUUCCACCGGGGUGCGGUCACGCUCUCGGCCAAUCUCCCGGAUCAGCUACCUGAGAAACCACAUGUUCCAUACUGUCAGGGCAACACGAUCCUCAGGGUUCUCCUAUGGCCACGUCACGGGCAUGCUUGCAGCUUUCAAUCGUUGCGUAAAAAAGAGUGACUCUAUUUAGAUCAUAAUUGGAUGUUUUCAUCUUGUUUAC